UGAUCUGUGAACAAAUAUGAGUCACUUGCGGCUGAUUGCUACUACCCUGAAACUGAAUGGCAUUUAUUCGUUGGCAAAGAAAAAUGUAAACACAAAAGCAUUUCUGCCAUGUCGGAAUUACGUUUCACCUGGAGCCUUGAGUGGAAGUAAUUCAAGUUAUGUUGACGAAAUGUAUUAUGCAUGGCUCGAAAAUCCAAAAAGUGUUCACAAGUCUUGGGAUUUAUUUUUUCGAAAUGCUGCUGCUGGCACUGUUUCUGGGCAAGCCUUUCAGACUCAGUUACCAGACCUUGCAGGUGGCCAAACAUCGCUUAUCCAAAGCCAUGGGCUGACUAAGUCUCUGGGUAAAACUGAAAAACUCGUUGAAGACCACUUGGCUGUUCAGUCAUUAAUCAGAGCAUAUCAAAUCCGUGGACAUCAUGUGGCUCAGUUGGACCCCUUAGGAAUCUUGGAUGCAGAUUUGGAUUCAUUUGUUCCAUCGGAUUUAAUCACUACUAUUGAUAAACUAGGAUUUUAUGGCCUAUAUGAAUCUGACCUGGACAAAGUGUUCCGGUUGCCCACAACCACCUUUAUAGGAGGAAAUGAGUCUAUGCUUUCUUUACGAGAGAUUAUCAGGCGAUUGGAGAAUACAUACUGUCAACACAUUGGCCUGGAGUUUAUGUUUAUCAAUGAUGUGGAGCAAUGUGAUUGGAUUCGUCAGAAAUUUGAGACUCCGGGCGUCAUGAAAUUCACCAGUGAAGAAAAACGGACGUUGUUGGCUAGAUUGGUGCGAUCAACAAGAUUUGAAGAUUUCCUUGCCCGAAAAUGGUCGUCAGAGAAGCGCUUUGGUUUGGAAGGAUGUGAAGUAAUGAUCCCUGCUCUUAAAACGAUCAUCGAUAAAUCUAGCGAAAUGGGAAUUGAGUAUGUCAUAAUGGGCAUGCCUCACAGAGGAAGGUUGAAUGUCUUGGCUAAUGUCAUCCGCAAGGAACUAGAGCAAAUCUUUUGCCAGUUUGAUCCAAAGCUUGAAGCAGCUGAUGAGGGAUCGGGAGAUGUAAAAUAUCAUCUGGGGAUGUACCAUGAGAGGAUCAACCGACUAACAAAUAAAAAUAUCACCCUCUCCUUGGUGGCUAACCCAUCUCAUUUAGAAGCAGUGGAUCCUGUUGUACAGGGGAAAACCAAAGCUGAGCAGUUUUAUCGAGGGGAUACCGAAGGGAAAAAGGUUAUGUCUAUACUUUUACAUGGAGACGCUGCCUUUGCUGGACAAGGAGUGGUUUAUGAAACCUUUCAUCUCAGCGAUCUCCCAUCAUACACCACCAAUGGCACCAUUCACGUUGUGGUUAACAAUCAGAUUGGCUUCACGACUGAUCCCCGAAUGGCCCGCUCAUCUCCGUAUCCAACAGAUGUUGCUCGGGUGGUCAAUGCCCCUAUAUUCCACGUGAAUUCUGAUGAUCCAGAAGCAGUGAUGUAUGUGUGCAAUGUCGCUGCCGAGUGGAGAAACACUUUCAAUAAAGAUGUCGUUAUUGAUCUGGUUUGUUACCGGAGACGAGGCCACAAUGAAAUGGAUGAGCCCAUGUUCACCCAGCCUUUGAUGUACAAGCAGAUUCAGAAGCAGGUGCCUGUGCUGAAGAAGUAUGCUGACAAACUGAUCGCUGAUGGGACUGUGGCACUGCAGGAGUUUGAGGAGGAAAUUGCAGAGUACGAUAAGAUCUGUGAAGAAGCUUAUGCUAGGUCCAAAGAUAAUAAAAUUCUGCACAUUAAGCACUGGCUUGAUUCACCUUGGCCAGGUUUUUUCAAUGUGGAUGGAGAACCAAAGAGUAUGACUUGUCCUUCUACUGGCAUCUCUGAAGACAUGCUGACACACAUUGGAAAUGUAGCCAGCUCCGUUCCACUAGAGGGAUUUAAAAUACACGGAGGGCUUUCUCGGAUUUUGAGAGGUCGACUGGAAAUGACAAAGAAUCGAGUUGUCGACUGGGCCUUGGGGGAGUACAUGGCUUUUGGGUCUUUAUUGAAAGAAGGUAUCCACGUCCGGCUAAGCGGGCAGGAUGUGGAAAGGGGCACUUUCAGCCAUCGUCACCAUGUGCUCCAUGAUCAAGAUGUGGACAAAGGGACUUGCGUGCCCAUGAACCACCUCUGGGAGCAACAGGCACCCUACACCGUCUGCAACAGCUCCCUCUCAGAAUAUGGAGUCUUGGGCUUUGAGCUCGGCUUUGCCAUGGCCAGUCCCAACGCUCUUGUCUGCUGGGAAGCUCAGUUUGGCGACUUUCACAAUACAGCUCAGUGCAUAAUCGACCAGUUUAUCAGCUCCGGUCAGGCCAAGUGGGUUCGUCACAAUGGGAUCGUCCUACUCCUGCCCCACGGAAUGGAAGGCAUGGGUCCAGAACAUUCUUCAGCCAGGCCGGAGAGGUUCCUUCAGAUGAAUAAUGAUGACUCUGAUGCUUUUCCACAAUUUGAUGGCGAUUUUGAGGUUUCCCAGCUCUAUGACUGUAAUUGGAUUGUGGUAAACUGUUCAACUCCAGCCAAUUACUUCCACGUUCUUCGAAGGCAGAUCUUGCUGCCAUUUAGAAAACCUCUGAUUAUCUUCACACCAAAGUCCUUGCUGAGGCUUCCUGAAGCUAAAUCCAGCUUUGAUGAAAUGGUAUCAGGUACCAGCUUCAGACGUGUGAUCGCUGAAGAAGGGCCUGCAGCUGAAACUCCUGGAGAGGUGAAGCGGGUGAUUUUCUGUACAGGGAAGGUGUACUAUGACCUCAUUAAAGAGAGGAAGAACCAGGACUUGGAGAAGGAGGUGGCUAUAACCAGAUUGGAACAGAUUUCCCCUUUUCCUUUUGACUUGCUAAAAGUGGAAAUGGAAAAGUAUCCUCAAGCUGACCUUCUCUGGUGUCAAGAAGAGCAUAAGAACAUGGGCUACUAUGACUACGUCAAGCCUCGUUUCCGCACCAUUGUGAACCGUACUCGACCCAUAUGGUACGUUGGUCGCGAUCCGGCUGCUGCUCCUGCGACUGGUAACAAGAACACUCACCUUGUGUCACUUAGGAGAUUUUUGGACACUGCUUUCAACCUGGAGGCAUUUGAAGGAAAGAUGUUUUGAUUUUAA